AUGUCGAGUCAACCUCUCCUUCAAUCCGCGCCGGGCAAACGGAUCGCUCUUCCAACCCGAGUCGAACCCAAGGUCUUCUUCGCAAACGAACGUACAUUUUUGUCAUGGCUGAGUCUGGGAGUGGUCAUCGGUGCACUCGCCAUUGGCAUGUUGAAUUUUGGCGAUAGACCUGCGUUCAUAUCAGCCUUCCUCUUCACGCUCGCCGCGAUGUUAACGAUGAUAUAUGCCCUUACCACGUUCCACUGGAGAGCCAAAUCGAUCAGAUUGAGAGGUCAGGCUGGAUUUGACGAUAAACUUGGGCCCACGCUCCUCACAAUCGUCAUUCUUAUUGCCAUGAUUGUAAACUUUGUGCUGAGAUUUACCUACGAAUCGAAGGAUAAGCAUGGGAAGAAGAAUUGA